AUAACCACUCACAAUGUCGACUCAUCUGAGUGAACUACUGUUUGUAGCAUUUAAAUAACUGUAAUUAAUUGACAGAGGAUUCUGUAAAUUUGUGUUCACAAUGACUAUAAGUGAUAUGGAUUUUUGGUGUGUGUGGAAUGUUUGCUUUUAGAAAUCUCUGGAACAAGGUGGCAGGAGAAUGCUGCUGGCGGGUUGUUGAAAUGCACACAACAAGCGCUGACGGACAGUAUAGAGGCACUAAUGGAGCCACAGGUGGUCGAGACAAGGUAGCAAUAUUGGAUGCAGGCUCGCAAUAUGGGAAGGUAAUAGAUCGUCGUGUCCGCGAGCUAUGCGUUGAGUCCGAUAUACUUCCCCUCGACACGCCAGCCUACCAUCUGAAGGAGACUGGCUACAGAGCGAUCAUCAUCUCCGGGGGCCCGAAUUCGGUCUACGCGGAAGAUGCUCCAAGAUAUGAUGCCGAUAUAUUCAAAAUUGGACUACCAGUGCUAGGAAUAUGUUACGGAAUGCAGAUGUUAAACAAAGAGUUUGGUGGGUCGGUGCUGCGCAAAGAAGCAAGAGAGGAUGGACAGUAUGAAGUGGAAGUUGAGACGGCUUGUCCUUUGUUCAACCGCUUGGAGAAACUUCAGCCAGUGUUGCUAACACACGGAGACAGCGUACAGAAAGUUGGUGAACGAUUCCGUGUGGGAGCGCAGUCGUCCAAUCACCUCAUAGCAGCCAUCUACAACGAGCAGAUGCGUCUUUACGGAGUACAGUUCCACCCUGAGGUGGACCUAACGCCGAAGGGCAAGCAGAUGUUGUCCAACUUCUUGUUCGACAUCGCAGGCCUGACGCGUUCGUUCACGCUGCGCUCGCGCCGCGACGCCUGCGUGCAGUACAUCCGGGAUACGGUCGGCGACAACAAAGUACUGGUGCUGGUAAGCGGUGGCGUCGACUCCACCGUGUGUGCGGCGCUACUACGGACCGCGCUGCGAGAAGACCAGCUCAUAGCGCUGCACAUUGAUAACGGUUUUAUGCGUAAAAACGAAAGUGCGAAAGUGGAACGGUGUCUACGUGAGCUUGGUGUACGUCUACAUGUUGUUAAUGCUACACACCAGUUUAGACAGGGCAGCACAGUGGUGCGAGAGGCGGGCGGGCGCGUGCGACACACGGGCCUGCUGUGUCAGACCGCGGCGCCCGAGGACAAGCGACGGAUCAUCGGGGACGUGUUCAUGAGGGUCGCCGAGCAGGCCGUGCGAGACCUGGACCUGCAAGAGGACCAAGUACUACUUGGACAAGGCACCCUGCGACCGGACCUGAUCGAGUCCGCCUCGUCGCUGGUGUCGAGUAACGCGGCGACUAUAAAGACACAUCACAACGACACGGAACUGGUGCGGGUUCUGCGGCAGAGGGGGAGGGUUGUUGAGCCUUUAAAGGACUUUCAUAAGGACGAGGUGCGGGUGUUAGGUGCCGAGUUGGGAUUGCCGGCGCCAUUAGUUCAGCGGCAGCCGUUCCCCGGACCGGGUCUGGCCGUCAGAGUCAUAUGCCAGGACGAACCGUAUGCCGACAGAGACUUUGCCGAAACACAGGUGAUCGUGAAGAUCAUGGUGGAGUACGCGUCCAUGUGCGUCAAGUGCCACGCGCUCCUGGCCCGCGUCAGUAACGCGACCACGCCGCACGAGCAGACCGAACUGCGCCGCAUCUCGUCGUCUGCGCCCGUCGCCGCCACGCUGCUGCCGCUGCGCUCCGUAGGCGUGCAAGGUGACGGCAGAACGUAUAGCUACGCGGUGGCACUGUCCACAGAGAAGUACCCGCCAAAUUGGAGCGACAUGCAGUACCUGGCGAGGAUAAUCCCCAGGGUCUGCCACAAUGUCAAUAGGGUGUGUUACGCGUUUGGUGGCAUUAUCAAAGAGCAGAUAACAGACAUAACGCCCACAUUUUUAACGCAGAGCGUCAUUUCAACUAUUCGGCAAGCAGACGAUCUUGCUACACAGGUGCUCUCGUCCAGCGGGUGCGAGUCCCGCGUGGCCCAGAUGCCCGUGGUGCUGAUCCCGAUCCACUUCGACCGCGACGCGGCCGUGCGAGCGCCGUCGUGCCAGCGCUCGGUGGUGCUCCGCCCCUUCAUCACGUCCGACUUCAUGACCGGCGUCAGCGCUCUGCCCGGCACCGACUGCAUGCCGCAAGAGGUGGUCGACAGGAUGCGCAAGGAGCUCUCAAAUGUUCCAGGAAUUUCAAGAGUGCUGUAUGACCUGACUCCAAAGCCACCGGCCACAACAGAGUGGGAAUGAUUGUUAUGAUGCCUUCCUUCCUUUUUAUAUAUAUUUUUUUACUGGAAUGCACUCGGGCAGUGGUUUCUAACAUUUAGUUCUGUCAUGCCUUUGUAAUUGUAGCUAUGGAUAAUAUUAUGUCAUAUCAUUAUUAUGGUUGUACGGUUCUAUAACACCAUCCAAUUUACAUUUGUUAUGGUUAUACAUAUUUAAUGUUUCUCAGACAUUUUUGUAUUUAUUAAAAAUUUAAUUAUAACUUUAAACUUAGUUUUUAAAAGUUAAUAGUGUGAUAGUUACACAAAUAUUUUGGGAAGCUGAACAGAUAAUAGAAUAUGAAAUUAAGUUGGUAUCACAAUAUAUUAUGAAGAGCACACACUUUUGGUAAUUAUCCUAUUUGCAUCCAAUAAUCAAUAUUGGUGUUUGAAUCAGGACUGCUAUUUAUUUGACCAUGCUGUGGCUGUAUGGAAUCUUUCUUUGACAACUUACAAUUUAGUUUUCCUGACAUUAAAGUUAAUGUGGGUCGAUGUGACAAAAGGGAGAACUAGUAGAACCACCAAUGGGAGGCUCCUUUGCACAGGACGCCGGCUAGAUUAUGGGUACCACAAUGGCGCCUAUUUCUGCCGUGAA